AUGGACGUUUGUAAUUCACACACAAACCGCGACACCACUAUCGCGGAUUAUGUGCAGUUGGGCUUCGAACACCCAUCAUGGGUGCGCCACCAAAAGGAAAUUUAUCACCACGCCCUUGCUAAUCAUGAGGUGAGGUUUGCAGAUAGGGUGCAAAUCUGGAGAGAUGCUCUCAAGGAAGCUGCCAACUUGUCUGGAUUCCAUUCACCGUCAUCAAGCUUCAGGGAUGAUGCUGACCUUGUUGGUCAAAUUGUCAAACGUGUCUUACAAAGGUUAAACCAAUCACCCCAAGGUGAUUUGCAGGGUCUUGUUGGAAUUCAUGGACCAAUUGAAAAGCUAGUUUCGUUGUGCACGGAAUCUGAAGAUGUUAUUAUUGGCCUUUGGGGCAUGGGUGGUGUUGGUAAGACAACUCUUGCGACUGCAGUUUUCAAUAGAUUGUGUGAUGGAUUUGAAGGAUUUUGCUUUUUGAACAAUGUAAGAGAAAGAGCUGAGAAAUAUGGUAUAGAUCAUUUGAAGACAGAACUUCUUUCCAAACUGCUAAAGGAAGAAGAUGCAAGUCCCUUUGUCACGCCUGGUGGAAUAACUAAUUUUGCCAAGAAAAGACUUGGUCGAACAAAGGUUCUUGUUGUUCUUGAUGAUGUCAAUGAUUCAGACCAAAUGGAAGAUUUAUGUGGAGGACAUACACGGUUUGGGGCAAGUAGCAAAAUCAUAGCGACAACAAGAGAUAAGCAUGUCCUUCUUAGGGCGGACACUGAUCAUAUUCAUCAAGUUAAGACAUUGAAUUCUGAUGAUUCCCUUCAGCUUUUCAGCCUGAAUGCCUUCAAGCAAAACUGCGCUAUAGAAGCAGAACAAGUUGAGUUGUCCAAGAGAGUGCUUAACUAUUGCAAAGGCCUUCCUUUAGCAAUAAAAAUCUUGGGUUCCUUCCUUAAAGGAAAAACUCAACAAGAGUGGGAAAGUGAACUGGCCAAACUUGAAAAGACGCCUGAUGAAAAAAUCCAAAGAAUAUUACGAUUGAGUUAUAAUGAAUUAGAUCGUAAUGAUCGGAAUAUAUUUUUGGAACUUGCAUGUUUCUUUGAUAGAAAUACAGAAGAAGAAGAGCAGAUAAAAUCUCUUCUUGAUCACUGUGGAUACACAACUACUAUCGGGUUGACAAAUCUUUGUAAUAAAGCUCUUAUUUCCAUUUCAAACGAUUGUGUGUCAAUGCAUGACUUAAUUCGAGAAAUGGGCCGUGAAAUUGUUCGCGGAGAAUGUCUAGAUGAUCCAGGAAAACGCAGUAGACUAUGGGAUUCUUGUGAUACCUAUGAAGUACUGAAAUACAAUAAGGUAAGCAAUUGA